GUAUAUCUUAGCCUUAAGGUUUCUGUAUCGAUUCCAGGGAAGGGAUUCUGGGAAAGGUUCGUCCAAGCAAUAAAAAGACGCGGGGCUGCAGUCGUUUUGGGUUCAUCUUUUUCAGAUUCAACCCAUUCCCUCCUGAAUCAGAUCUACCUGACGCCUCAUCACCCAAUAAAAGUCUAAUAGCAACAGGACACGGACCAAUUGGGUUCCUUCGAUGCCGCAGACACCAGCCGAUUCUCGGCCGUUGCUUUCUUCGGGGCAAUCCCCGAGCCUCGAGGACUAUGGCACCACUACCGUCAAUUCUUCAGAAACCCAAGCAAGUCAGAGUUCUACAAGCGAUCCGGAUGCUACUAAACUCAGUCCAGAGGCCAGUGCCUCCUACCUCUCGCUAGCGACUACGACCUGGAUGACGCCCAUUUUCAAAGCUGGAUAUCGUCGUCAAUUACAGGAGGAGGACAUCUAUGAGAUGUUACCUGACCGCCGAGCCAACGUCCUUGGUCAACGCAUGCGAGGCUGUUGGACAGAAGAGCUGAAAAGAGCCGCUGUCAAAGGACGGCAGCCAUCGCUCUUGCGCGCCAUGAUUUGGUUCACUCUACCCUAUUACUGGUUCGGCCAAGUGUGUCUGAUAAUCUCAGAUAACAUUCUCUCAAUGCUGACUCCGUUCCUUGUAUUCCAGAUUAUUGUUUAUCUGGAGAGCACUCAAGACGGACCCUCACCGCCAGCUGCCUGGUACGGCUACUGCUUGGCAGUAACACUUUUCGUGAGCAACCUGACGCAAGUGCUGCUUGGUCAGGUCUGGGUCACUUACUGCGCCAGGUCCGGCAUCCUCCUCCGUACGGGGCUGAUUGAUCUGAUCUUCCGCAAGGCCACCACCAUGUCUUCAAAGGCCCGGCUAGAGUACCCUGACAGCACAGUGUUCAAUUUGAUGUCGACGGAUACGACCAAUAUCAAUAACUCGCUGGAGCCAAUUCCGCUGCUGUUCUCUAUACCCGUAUCGUCUGUUAUCAUCGUGAUCCUGUUGAUCUACUUGAUGGGCCCCUCAGCUUUACUAGGUACACUUGUGUUGCUGACCAUGAACCCGCUACAGGCCUGGGCGAUGGCAAGACUGAAUCCGGUCCGCGAAAAGGCAUCCAAGUUCACGGAUACGAGGAUUAGAGUCAUGACAGAGAUCUUACAGGGCGCCAAGGUCAUCAAGUUCUUCACCUACGAAUCGAGUUUCCUACAAAAGUUGUCGGAGAUCCGAGUAUCUGAGCUAAAAUGCCAUGCGUUCCUGAUGCAGGUUUGCGGCUUUAUUUACAGCACCUCCUCGUCCUUGCCAGUGUUUGCAUCUGCACUCUCGUUUGUCCUUUAUGCAGCCCUUGGCAACGAACUGGAGGCUAAGGUCGUGUUUCCGGCUCUGACGCUCUUCACGGGGUUACGUGUCCCAUUGUUGGUAUUGCCUUACUGCUACGGCGAAGCGACCGCUGCAUGGGUUAGCAUGAAGCGCAUUGAGAGAUUUCUUCUUUCACUCGACGCACUGCCUCUGCCUCCGCCCGACCUCACGCACAAAUACGCACUUAGCAUCAAAUCCGGAGAGUUUUACUGGGACCAACUUUCGUCAGCAACCUCAACCUCGCCGUCAUCAGCCAGACGCUCUGUCAACGAAGAGGAAGCUGGUGACCAACAGCCCUUGCUUUCGGACCAAACUGUGGAUGGAUCAGAAGCUGAAAUGAAACCAUUUUUGAAGAAUAUCAACCUUGAUAUUCGGCGAGGAUCCCUAGUCGCUGUGGUCGGACCAGUUGGAAGCGGCAAAUCUUCGCUACUUCAGGCGAUAGUAGGAAACAUGAUGAAAUGUAAGGGCGAGGUUAUCCGUGGCACUACCAUUAGCUACGCCUCCCAAACACCCUGGAUUCAGAAUGCGACCAUCCGUAACAACAUUUUGUUCGACACACCCUUGGAUGAGGAGCGGUACAAGAGAGUGGUCAAAACAUGCUCACUCGAGAAGGAUUUGUCCAACAUGCCGUCAGGAGACGAAACUGAGAUUGGUGAGCGAGGCGUAAACCUCUCUGGUGGUCAAAAAGCACGUCUGUCUCUGGCCAGGAGUGUUUAUUACAAUGCCGACACCGUGGUCAUGGACGACCCACUCUCAGCGGUAGACGCUCACGUCGGCAAGCGACUGUGGGAGGAUUGUAUGGUUCAGGAACUCGGCAGAAAGACCAGGAUUAUCGCAACACAUCAGCUGCAUGUUCUUUCAGACGUAGAUUAUGUGAUUUGCAUGGAGCAUGGUCGCAUCGCGGAGCAGGGAGCUUUUGCGGAUCUCAUGGCUAAGAAGGGCGAGUUCUAUGCACUGAUGAAGCAGUAUGGCGGUCACCAUCACGAGCACAACACGAACGAAUCUGUUUCACACAAAGUCCUCAGGAGAAACAAAUCUUCGUCUGGAAAUGUUCCAGUGGUAGAGGCAGUUGCAGAAAGCGACGAUGACACUACCAUUUUGUCGGAGCCUGAGGAGGAACCGGAGAAGCCAGUGGUUCCGCAGAAUCUGAUGACAGAGGAGGAAAGGGCUUAUGGUGCAGUAUCAUCGCAAGUGUAUCGUAGUUAUUUCCGUCUUGGUGGCAGUUUUAACUGGACCAUCAUUGUGUUCUUAAUGGCGCUCCAGCAGGUUGCCGGUGCCGCGAUGAACGUCUGGCUCAGCUUCUGGACGCAAGACAAAUUUGAUCUAUCAACUUGGACAUAUAUCGAAGUAUAUUUGGGCACUGGUGUGGUGCAGAUGAUUAUCAUCAUGGCCGCCUCGUUGAUGCUGGUUAUUGCAGUCAUCAAGUCUGCGAAGGUGAUGCACGAUCGAGCCUUCUUCAGGGUAUUGUACUCGCCGAUGUCGUUCUUCGAUACUACACCCAUGGGUCGCAUUCUCAACAGAUUCAGCAAAGAUAUCAGCACGAUUGACAACACGUUGAUGGGAGCCAUUAAUUCAUUCCUAAUCACACUGACAGGAGUCUUGAGUGUGAUGGUCCUGACGUCUGUCUUCCUACCGUGGCUGAUCCCUGUCAUGGCUCCACUAUCGGUCCUCUACUGCUUUGUCGCCUCCUACUACCAACGAACGAGUCGUGAACUGAAGAGAAUCGACGCCAUCUUGCGGUCCCAUAUGUUCUCGUACUUUUCCGAGACUUUGUCCGGCAUAAGCACCCUCAAGGCAUACCACCAGCAUGGCAUCGAUAACGCCAUUUUCCGGAACCAACAUAACCUGGAUCGAUCGAACAAGGCUUUCUAUCAUCUCUUACUCGGCAUGCGAUGGAUCGGUAUUCGGGUCUUCGCACUGGGCCACUGUUUGAAUUUUGCUGCGGUGAUCCUUAUUGUUAUAAAUCGAUACAGCAUUGCAUCUUCCACGGCUGGCUUGAUCCUGAGCUAUCUUGCUCGGUUGUCGUCGGAAAUGAGCUGGAUGAUUCAAUGCUUUGCCAAUGUUGAGAACAACAUGAACUCCGCGGAACGCCUCUUGUACUACUCCAACAAUCUGGAGCAAGAGCCGCCGACUGAGAUUCCAGAAAGCAAACCGAGCCCCUUAUGGCCGACUCAAGGCGAGAUCUCUUUCCGAGAUGUGUCGAUGAGGUACCGUCCAGGUCUGCCCCUUGUGCUGAACAAUAUUUCGUUCGAUAUACAGGCUGGUCAUCGUGUUGGUGUCGUAGGUCGAACAGGCGCUGGAAAAUCGUCCUUGAUCCAGGCGCUGUUCCUGUUGGUCGGGUUAGAUUCUGGAAGCGUGAUCAUAGACGGUAUCAAGACUGAUACGAUCGGUACGGCAGAUUUGCGGUCAAAGAUCGCGAUUAUCCCUCAGGAUCCGGUGCUGUUCCAGGGAACAUACCGGUACAAUCUAGACCCGCUUUCGAAGUAUACAGAGCAGGAACUUUGGCAGGCACUUGAGACGAGCGAUAUGAGGAACUAUAUACAGCAACAAGAGGGUGGACUGGACGCUGUGAUCACCUCACAGGGAGAGAACUUGAGUGUGGGUCAGAGGCAAUUGGUUUGUCUUUCGCGAGCUUUGCUGGCCAAGUCCAAGAUCGUUGUUCUCGAUGAAGCAACUGCGAGCGUUGACUUGGCAACAGACAGCCUGAUCCAAAAGGCCAUUCGCUUAGAUUUGGCAGACUCUACAGUCAUUACUAUCGCACAUAGACUGAACACGGUGGUGGACUACCAUCGCAUUCUGGUGAUGGAUCAAGGACAGGUGGCCGAGUACGAUACUCCGCACAAGCUGCUGAGUGACCCUAAUUCAGCGUUUUCAAAGAUGGUGGAUGAAACAGGUGCAGCCAAUGCGGCGCUGCUUCGAUCGCUUGCUGGAUGUUGAGAGUGGAUAGAGUGGAAGAGCCGAAGUAGAAUUCGUAGAAAUGGCCAUAGUGGGAAAUGGGAACUGAAGAAGGGAAUAUGAAACCGCCAAGAGCUGAGUAAUAAUCCUCCCUGCGCGAAUCUGAGACUAACAAAGUAGAUGAAUCUAAAACAUAACCUGUCGAUCCCUGGCAUGUGCUUUAGUCACUUGGCGAAACCCCAAAAGUCCAAAAACA